CCCGCCCGGCGAGGCCCGGGUAGUCCAGGCUGCCCGACGUAAUGCCCCGGAAGGCUGGGAAGGCGGGGAACGCGGAAGAGGCCCGGGCCGGCGCGGAGGAGGCGGGCGCCGAGUCUGGCACGGAAGAGUCUGACUGCAAAGAGCUGAGCGCCAAGGAGAUGGAGGCCGGGCGGUCCCGGCCUGUGCUGCGCUCGGUGAAUUCGCGGGAGCCGUCCCAGGUCAUCUUCUGCAACCGCAGCCCGCGCGUCGUGCUGCCCGUGUGGCUCAACUUCGACGGCGAGCCGCAGCCCUACCCGACGCUCCCCCCCGGCACAGGCCGCCGCAUCCACAGUUACCGAGGUCACCUUUGGCUCUUCCGAGAUGCUGGGACAUCCGAUGGGCUUCUAGUUAACCAAACUGAACUAUUUGUGCCAUCUCUCAAUGUUGAUGGACAGCCGAUUUUUGCCAAUAUCACACUACCAGUGUAUACCCUCAAAGAACGAUGCCUCCAGGUUGUGCGAAGCCUAGUCAGGCCUGAGAAUUACCGGAGGCUGGACAUCGCAAGAUCACUCUACGAAGAUCUGGAAGACCACCCAAAUGUGUGGAAGGACCUGGAGCGACUGAAGCAGGAGCAUAUGGAAAAUCAGCGGACGGCAGGGGAGACUGAAGACUUUAACUGAAAUGUGUACUCCUGGCUCUCAGCUUUUAACGGUCCUGAUGAGUCUUGAUCUAGGUCUAGGACUGGUCACUUUUUCCAGGCCUCAAGGUGUCUCAAUGCUUGGAGUAAAAAUGCUCCACUGCUUAAAAGAACGUUAACUGACCUCACUAGGCAUUGUGAUGUUGAAGGGCAAAUAUCACAAAAUGUAAUUUAAUGCCUGCCCUUUCUAGAAGUAUUUAUCAAGGGAAAAGUAGUUGCAUUUUUGCCUCCUCUUGAGUCAGGAAAGUUUCUGUGUAUGGACUUUGGUGUAAGUCAUUCAGUGAGAAUUGUGGCUCCUUGAAUUGUGAGAAAGCAGAGGUAUCUGCUUUUCUUGACUGCACUGUGGUUGGUGAUGUGUCCACCUCCCGCUCUGAGAGACCACGAUGUCCUUGAGAUGGGGACAAAUCCAUCUACUCUUUGAGACCCCAGUGCCUCACACAUCCUGAGCCUUCAGUCAGUGUUUGUUGAAUGGACAAAUCAGCCAAUGCUUUGGUGUUUAGAGGUUUUGACCUUUUUUGUGGGGUGGGGGUGGGGUAAUGGGGACCUAAAGCGUGUACAGUAAACAAAUAUUUUAAAGGAGAUCAUUUUUAUAGACAGCAGUUUUUAUAAUUUUCUAAUUUUUCGCUUUUCUCAGUCUGCCAUUCUUGCAGGGCGGUUUUGUUUCUAAAACAGAAUGUGCUUUCUACAGUUCUUGUGAUGAUAGCUUUUCUGAAGCAUGAUAUCUGCACAGAGGUUAGGAGAGAAUAGCUUCAAGAAAAUGAACCCUUGUUUAAUUAUAGGAUAAAGGAGCUACUCCCGCAACUAUAAAUAGGUUUUUGCCAAGUAUGGGUAUUUCUUUUCCCUUUUGUAAACCCAUGACAUUUCUGUUCGAUUCAGCAGUUUUCAUCAGGCAGGAUCUGGUGACACUUUGCACCUGGCUGCAGAAGAGGACGAAGCCCUCCAGCCUCUGGGAAGUUAUUGCUCACACACCAUGGAUUCAGAGGGUAGCCAGGAAUGUUUUCUAGUUUUAUAAAUGUACAAACCCUCUCCUGCAGGAUGGACCUAAAUUCAUUGAUUCAAAUUCAGUACUUCUAUCAGGCAUCCUUUUUUGGGUAACUGAUUGUUAAAACAGAAAUCUUCUCUGUAGAGAAAAUUUUUGGAAAAGAGAAAAAUAAAAGGAAGAGAAAAGAUCCAAGUAGGUACACUACUUAAAUACUAACUUAACAUUUUGGACUUUCAGCCUUUUUUAGGGCUUUUGUUUGGUUCGGUUUUACAUAACUGAGAUCAUACUGCAUAUACAGUUUUGUAUUCUACUUUCUUAUUUAACUUUAUAACUUAAAUAUUUUUCCAUGAUAUUAUAAACUCUUCAGAGACAUGCGUACAGCCUUCCUUUUAUAAAUAAGGUUGGGAUAUCUCUUGGUCUCUUUAUUAGUUCCUUCUGCUAACCUUUGAGCAUAGUCCCUGUGCUCUGCUAUAAGAGUGAAGUGAGUGAAUCAAAUGCCUUACAGUUUUCCCACCUAAUAUUCUACUCUUUCAACAUUUGGCAAGUAAGUUGGCUUUUUUUUUUCAGCCUGUUGUACUCAUUCAAUGACACACUUAUAAUUUUCUUUCUUUUUUUUUUUUUAAUUUUGGUUGAAUUGUUUCGUAGGGAAAAGGAAAUGCUGGUAUAGAAGGCAGCCUAUGAUUUUGAGAAUGGGAUAGGGUAGAGAUUUAAGGGAUCUUACGGUGCUAGAUGAGUUCAAGGUUGGCUUUAUUACUGUUUUUUUCAACCUUUGUGUCAAAAUGAGAUUUCAUGUUCCUGUUAAAACUUGCAAUUUGAGUACUGUGUUUCUUGUGUUGUCCAAGGAAAGAUGAAAACCUGUAGCAUGUAUGUAUUCAUUUGAAAUCUUAUGAAUGUAUUAAAUAUACUGCUCUUAAGAA